UCCUGCGGGCUCGCAGCCAUGGCAACCUGCUCGGCAGCCAGGAGUCAGUUGGGCUCAGGCCCUGAGCCCCAGCUGCCAGAAGGCUGAGGCGGAGGAGUUGGGGGCUGUGGGCCAUGGAAUCCUCUGCAGGGCCUGGGACGCCUUUGCCCAAAUACUGCAGUGUGGCCACGACCCUGAAGUCCCCUUCCAGGACUGGCGCUGCUCCUCCCUGGGGACUCUCCUUCACCUGCCCCUUUGCCAUCCAAGCACCCUGGCUCACCCGGCACAACCCGCUCUGCAGAUAUGCAUCUUACCACCCGUGUCUCCACAUUGCUGACUCAGCAUGGCAGGGGCCUGGCUGGUUGGGAAGAGCUGGAGAUGCUGCUGACACAUGGGUCCUGGCAAGAAGGGGACCAGAUGGCUUUUAUUACCGGGCUCAGAUAAAGGCUGCUCCAGAGCUGGAGAGAUGGGGGGCCCUGCUUGUGGAAUUUGAGGUUCCCCUCAUCACAGACCCGAAGUGGCCAGCCCAGCGGCAGAACGUGGUCUUAGAAGAUGAUGUCAUUCAGUUCUUGCCAUCCACGGAAUGCUCGCUGCGACCUGGGGACAUGGUGCUUGCCCCCUGGGAGCCAGACCGACAGCGGUAUGGCCCUGGCAUCGUUCUCUUGGCCUCGGACGCAAGAGACCCCCAGAGAGCGUCAAAAGAAGGAGAAAUUACUGUUCACUUCUGAAAUGGCAAGACAGCUAGCGUGCCUCGAGGCGGGGUCAGGUGGGUGCCCCCCGCUGUCUGGAAGAAGGCUGGGGGGAGGCUGCACAAGCCUUCAAUCAAGGAGCACGCCGGUGCCCUCCUCUGGGCCCCUUGCUGCUCUCCGCGGGGACCGGCUGCUGGAUGGGUCACCAACGGGCUUUCUCCGGGCACUCCGUUCCUGUGUCCUCCCUGCUCCCCCCAGGCCUGCUGCCAACUGCUGGGCCACGGCUGCCUCUGCCCUUGCCCCUUGGCUGGACCUACCUGGUGGCCUCUAACCAGGGCCAAAGAACAUCCAGAGGUAGAACUGAAGCCCACAGGACCACGUUUGCCCAGAGGUCCUAAAGAAGAGGAAGGAGCAGUGCAAGCUCCCCUGGGGGUUUCUUCUUCUUCUUCUUCCUCUUCUUCCGAAGAGGAUUUGGAGAAUGAUCUGCAGAUUGGCCUCCCCCAGAGGCUGAUGGUGGACAGCACAGUCAACACAGACCCCAUCUUCCUUGAGAAGUCUCCGAGGAGGCAGGGUGGCCUCUGCCAGCCCGAGUGGAGGUAUUGGAGGAGAAACGGGUCCAAGUUGCAACCUGGGAAGCCAGGAACAAGACAUGGAACCAUCUGGAGAGAAAAGAGGGGCAACAAACAACAAAGGGUACAGAGUGUAGUGCUGGGGAAUACGAAGGAGCUGGUCCUGGAAGCAAGUGGCGUGAAGCCACCACAGAUCCUGCCAGGGGACGGUGAACACAGAGAAUGGAGUCCGGGAACAGCGACCCACCAGAGGGACCAAAAUGCCCUCAGACUGAAAGCCCCGAGGAGCCAGGUAAAGCAGGAUGGCUGGGAAGGGGCUCCUAAGGACUCCUCAUGUGGUUCUUCGUGCCCCUUUGGAGAAUGCGAACUCCCAUGCUGUCUUUUCCCAGGAAAAUGCACAUACCCACGAUUUUGCAUUCCAUUUCAGAAGGCUUACAGAACCCACAAAGCUGAUCACAGGCUUCUUAUGGAGGCAAGGAUCCCAUUUAAGUGACACUCUUGACCCUAUGGUGAUGGGCAUGGGUCUGCCUGACUAGGCCCUCUGUCCGUGGGAGUCCGUUCCUCACUAGGAACGCUAACACAGCCCUACUUAAAACUUGGCUCUCACCAUAUAAAACACUGGCGUUUGUCCUGAGGAAAGACUGGUCACGUUCGGAAUGAGAUGAACUACCAGGCAACCAAACUGGCCAAAGGCAGCACCGCUGUUGGCCCGGUGGCCUCAAGGAGUUCAGGGCACAUCACGACUUUUUCAGAUCAGUGACUUUUGAUCCUUAAAAUUACAGUCAGCAUCAGACUCUCGGGAUUUUUUUUUUUCUUAUAGGAAGCUAAAAGAGCAGUGGUGGUAAACUACCUGAGGAGGCGCUACCAAGUGGCUGCCAAGUCGUCCCGUGAUGGCCGGGCGCACAACAGCGGCAUCCUCAUGCGCUAGACUUGCCUGCAGAUGAGCGGCGCGAAGGCCCCUACCCUGAGGGGCACAGGAGCCCGGUGGUCCUGGCCAGGACUCCCUGCUGGGGGCCUGGGGCGGGGGGCUCCAGGCAAACGCACCCACAGCCUGUCGCCUUCUCAUAAACCUACAGCUGUCCAUGAGCAACACUGUUUCACCUCUUCAUGCCAAUAAAAAGGAACUCUGCAUUUCCAAAAUCGCUCCCUUUAUUAUCAUAAGUAGACUUCACCUGGAAUUCCAGUAAGCAGUUAAAAACUAUUGAGAC